AUGGGUGUUACAAAGACAAUACUCAAGGCCGGCAACGGAGUCGACAAGCCCAAGACAGGGGACGAUGUUGUGAUCGACUACACAGGAUGUCUCUAUGACCCGGCGGCCGCGGAUAAACAUUACAUGGGAGACGAGUUUGAUUCAUCCAAAGAUAGAGGGGAAUUUAAAACUGCAAUUGGCAUUGGAAAGGUCAUUCGAGAGACUACGGGUAUGGUGACCGCGAGGUCGAACUCAAGGGAAUCAAUGAUCUGCGGAGUUGUUAAAUUGGGACAGGCGAUGGGGUGGCGCCAACCCGACAAAUCGAGAGAGAUGUUUGAGGACUUGAGCCCACGGAACAGCCCUCCGCGCCGGAAAUUUUUUAUUCUCGAAUGCUUCCCGAACCCUUCUCCCAUCAAACGGGCGUCCCACAAAAUCUAA